ACACGCUAAAAAAGAGUCUCAGAAACACACAUUAACAAUACAAUUAUUUAAUUAAAAUAUUUGCCAAUAUCUACAUGAGUAUUUAAAUAAAAGUAAGGAAAUUUAAAUGUACAAUAGGGUGGCCCUUAUAUUGAACUUUUUCGAUGCUCCCACGAUCAAAAAUUAGUAACAUUAGUUCGGUUGCCAACCAUAAUGGACCCUAGUUUUACAAUUAUAAUAUUUUGUUAUUCUGUUAUUACAUGACUGGCACUUAUACUGAACCCUUAAACAAAAUCGGGCAAGUCUAAUACUUUCACUUACAGGUCAAAGGUAAAGUUUUGAGAUACAAAUUUCCUUGAAUUUCCUGUGUGCCUUCUCUUUACCCACAAGUAAAAAAGUAGUGAUGAAUAUAAUAAGUUACUAAUAGAAUGGCACUCCUUUAAGUAUGAAUUCAUAAAAAAUAAUUAGAAACAAAUUAGUUAAAUACGACAUAACGGCAAUAAAUGUUAGCAAACACACAGUGAGCGAAUUUCUUUAGUUUCAGUCAGUUGUAAUACAAUUUUAAUACAAACAUGACGUUCGCAACAGUUUUCAUUUUCUUAUUAAGCAUUUUAUUAAUGUCAUAUUCCCCAACUUUGGCCCAACAAGAGGUCACCGAAACGAUAAUAGAGCCCUCAACCGCAGCCCCCUCGGAAACUGAUAGCAUUUACACUACAUGUGAUUUUGAUUUGGAAAAUAUUGCAAGUUUACUGCAAUAUCUGCCGGAAAUUUGCACAGAAAUUUAUAAUAAUCGUGCUACUGGUGAUUUAUUUGAUUUGUACUUGGAGGAAUCACAAAACUUUGCUAAAUUCUAUAAGAAAUUAAAUGAUUAUGAAUUGCGUGACCAGCCACAAGGUGAUAAGGAAGAAUUGUCCAAAUAUCCUUUUGAAACUAAACUGCGUAAUGAUACCUACAGCAAAGUUGAUUAUCCUCAAUGUAUAACGGCAGCCAAUAGUUCGGCUACGGAUUAUAUAAAGUGUUUGAAGGAGAAACGUUUGGAAUUGGCAGAAUUGAUACCUAAUGUGGAGGAAAAGCAAUAAAACGUAGAUGUUUGCCUAUACCAUUUUGAAAAGUU